AUGGCAACAAGAGAUAGAACCCCUUCAUUUAAUUUAAUAAAAUCAGAAUACAAGAAUAGAAGACCCUCAAGACACUAUGGUAAUGAAUCAGAUGAAGAUAGUAAUAAUGUACCAUUAGUAUCUCUUAAUAGAGCUGGAAAUAAUAUUCAUAAUAACAAUAAUAAUGACCUUAAUUUACAAAAAUUAAAUGUAUUACCAGCAUGGAUGCAAAGAGUUAAUGAUAUAGAUGUAAACUUAACAAAAAUUUCACAACAAAUUGAAAAAUUAAAAGGAUAUCAUGAUAAAAAUUUAUUACCAGAUAUGAGUAUGGAAGAUCAAUCGGAUUUAGAAAGAUCAAUUGAAAUUACAACUGCUGAAACUACAAGAUUAUUUCAUAAAACACAUGAUAUGAUAAAAAAUUUAGGUGGUAAAGGUACAAUAUUAUCAGCAGAAGAUAUGAAAAUGAAAAAGAAUAUACAAUCAAGUAAAUCAGCAAAAUUACAAUCACUUUCAUUAUCAUUUAGACAAAAACAAAGAACUUAUUUAACAGCAUUACAAAAAAGGUCAAAUUCAUUUUCAGAUUUGUAUAAUGACCAAAAUGAUGAUGAUGAUGGUGAAAAUGCAAUCGAUUUAGAUUUUACAGAUGAAUUAAAACAAGUUGUAAAUGCAAUGGAAGAAGAAAUCACUCAAAGAGAUAAAGAAAUUAGAAAAAUCGUUGCAUCAAUCAAUGAUUUAUCUCAUUUAUUCCAAGAUAUAAGUGUAUUGGUUGUUCAACAAGGUACUUUAUUAGAUAGAAUAGAUUAUAAUUUAAAUCAAACUGAAGCAUAUACUCAAGAAGCAGUCGUUGAAAUUGAUGAAACAAAUAAAAUACAUAAAGAAUAUAGAACUAGAUUAUGUAUAUUAAUGAUUUUAGUUGCUUUGGUUGUUGCAAUGGUUUUCAUAUUUAUUCUUAGAUUCAUUUUUUAA